AUGUCUGUUGUGAGUGUGAACGAUCAGUAUUUAGCUACCUUGGCAAACCUUCUAAAGCAAACGCUCGAACCUACUACAAGGCAGCUUGCUGAAGGUGAAUUAUUUACUGCGGAAGCCAAAGAACCAAACUUUCCUAUUGCUAUCUUGCAAUUAAUCACUAAAGAAAAUACAGAUCCGAGUGUACGGUUUGCUGGCUCGUUGCUUUUUAAAAAUUAUGUGAAAAGGAACUGGGAAGACGAGUCAAAAAUCCCAUCUGAAGUUCGAAAUGCAAUUAAAGAGUGUAUCAUUGAUAUUUUAGUUUCGGUUCCAACAAAUAUACAACUUCAACUUAGCGAAGCUGUAACCUUAAUUGCCGAAAGUGAUUUUCCAGCAAAUUGGCAAAAUUUAAUACAGCAACUAUCUGGAAGGCUUGAUCCAGAUGAUUAUGCUCGGAAUAAUGGCGUUUUGCAAACUGCCCAUUCCAUAUUUAAGAGGUGGCGACAUCAGUUUCGUUCAGAUCCAUUGUUUGCCGAAAUUAAUUUCGUGUUGGAACAAUUUUGCACGCCUUUUUUUCAACUUUUGCAGAAUACAGACUCCAAGAUUACAGAAUAUGCACAAAAUAAACAACGACUGCAAGUGUACAUGCAAACCCUACUACUUCUAAUGAAACUUUUUUAUGAUCUUAACUGUCAAGAUAUUCCACCAUUUUUUGAAGAUAAUAUGGAACAAUGUAUGGCAUUGCUACAUAAAUAUAUUGUAUAUUCCAACCCUUUGUUAGAAUCAGAGAGUGAAGAUGAGGCAGGCAUUUUAGAGAAAAUCAAAUCUUCAAUUUGUGAAAUAAUAACGCUAUAUACUAUGAAAUAUGAGGAGUUGUUUAUUAUGCUACCUCAGUUUGUCGAGACAGUGUGGCUUCUGCUGACAACAAUAGGUAUAGAAGCAAAAUACGACCUUCUUGUAAGCAAGUCGAUGGCUUUCUUAUCUACAGUUGUAAAGUUGGAACGAUAUCAUAAUCUGUUUAACAACGAGACGGCACUCACUCAAUUUUGCCAAAAAAUUGUGCUUCCUAAUAUGUAUUUAAGAAACAUUGAUGAAGAAUUAUUUGAAUAUGAUCCUAUCGAGUUCAUUAGAAGAGAUAUAGAAGGAUCUGAUAGUGACACUCGCAGACGAGCCGCAUCAGAUUUUUGUAAUAAUGCAGAAUUAUGUCAAGAACUUUCUGACUCUAUUGAUUUGCAGCAAUACAAUGAAAAUCCCAAUAAUUGGAAAGAUAAAGACGCUGCAAUCUAUCUUUUGACUUCAAUUGCUACUCCUGGUACUGCGACAAAGCACGGCCUCACAGUUGUUAACGAUCUAGUAAACGUUGUAGAGUGGUUCACUAAAAAUAUCUUGCCGGACUUGCAAACACCCGUUGAUAGCGGGCAGCCCGUGUUAAAAGUUGAUGCUAUAAAGUACUUGUACACUUUCAGAAAUCAAAUGAGUAAGCCGGGACUAGCUACAGUGUUUCCGUUAUUGGUUAAUCAUCUUUCAUCCACCAACUAUGUAGUUCACACAUACGCUGCAAUUGCAAUUGAACGGAUUUUAUUUAUGCGCAAGGACAAUACUAUGACAUUCAAUAAGUAUGAUGUAAAGCCUUAUACCCAAGAACUGCUUAUCAACUUGUUCAGGUUGAUUGAGGCUGGGACAACACCGGAAACGUUAGCUGAGAAUGAUUACCUUAUGAAAGCUGUCAUGCGAGUUAUUUUUACGAGUCGUGAUGAUAUGUCUCCGUAUGUUGGUGACAUCUUGAGUCACUUGAAUAAAAUUCUGGGUGAAAUUAGUAAAAAUCCAAGUAAUCCUCGCUUCAAUCAUUAUGUUUUUGAAUCUAUUGGCGCUUUGGUAAGGUUCAAUUGUUCAGACAAUCCAAUAGCGUUACAAAAUUUCGAAAACAUGUUAUUUGGCCCAUUCCAAAUCAUUUUGCAGCAAGAUGUUGUUGAGUUUGUUCCAUACGUGUUUCAAAUAUUUUCACAGCUUCUUGAACUACAUACUGAAGCUCAAUUGCCUGACGUAUAUAAAGGCAUGUUACCAGCAUUAUUAACACCUAACUUAUGGGAAUCAUCUGGUAACAUUCCAGCCUUGGUUCGCUUUCUCCAUGCUUAUCUUUAUCGCGAUUCUUUAGCUAUUGUUGCCAAUAAACAGCUCGAACCUAUUCUUGGUAUCUUCCAAAAGUUGAUUGCUUCAAAAGCAAAUGAUAAAUACGGACUUGAACUAUUAUGUUCAAUAGUUCAAUAUGUACAUACAGGAACACUUAAUCAAUAUAUUGGUGCCAUCAUAUCUUUAUUAUUGAGACGGUUACAAAGUAGCAAGACUGAGAAGUUCGCUUUAGGCUUUGUUAACUUUGUGUGUUUCUUCAUCGCGAUAAACCUUCAUGGUGGUCCUGAUUAUGUCAUACAUGCCUUCGAUUCUAUUCAAGACAAGUUAUUCUUGGAUGUUUUAAAUGCUUUUAUCAUCCCGGAUUUACAAAAAAUUCAAGGGUAUACAGACCGUAGGAUUUGCGCAAUAGCUAUGAUACGUCUCUUGACUCAGAGCGAUCUGAUCUUAUCUGAGAAAUAUAUCAGCACAUGGCCGGUUAUUCUUGCAGCACUAAUCAAACUAUUUGAAGCACCAACAGAGAUUGAGAGUUACGAUGCUGAGGAGGAAUUACUCAACUUUGAUUUUGAAGAGGAUAGACAAUUUCAAACUACCUUUGCCAAGUUAACAACUGCUAGCAAACCAAGGAUUGAUCCUACUGCAUCUAUUCCUGAACCUAAAGUGUAUUUGGCUCAGGAACUUCAGCGGCUUAGUCAAGCAUAUCCUGAUGGAAGGUAUUGGCAAUUUUGGCUUCAAGUAGGAAUUUUUAAUCUUCCAGUGGAAUUUUGUAAUAGUAAAAGCUCUAGUGGUACUAUUAAUUUUACUUCUAGUGGUCUUCCAGUGCCAACACUAAUAUAG